AGAGCUGAGUGAGCGUCAGGGUGAAAAGGAGAGGGGAACGCGAGGUGCGGAGGAAGGCAGGGCACGUUCCUGUUCCCUGGCAGCGCUGUGUGACUGCUGGGGCAGAUUACCUUGCUUUGUAGCCCCCUCACUCAACAACUUACUGAGGUGCCUUUUCUUUUACGAGAGGAUGUCAGCUACGAGCCCCAGCAAGAAAUAACAGCCUUCACCUUGGAAUAGUUCAUCUCACUCCUGCAUCACUAAAGAGGAUUGUGAAAAGAAAACAACAGUCAAGUCUCCUUUCCAGCCCCAUUCUGUUCCAGAAUUGAACAGAAACAGUUACAUGCUCCAGGCCACAACUACAGUAACAUGUAAGAGGACAUAUCAGCAAACAUUCACAAAGUGAACUAUAAGGCCCUCAGCUCAACACCUCUUCAUUCAAGCCUUGGCAAACACUGCCUUUCCUUUUGCUCAACUCCAGUGAUUGAUGGUGCCAUAAUAUCUGCUGAAGGCAUCUAUUGAUUCUGCUGGGAAGCCUCUUAGAAGUUGGAGAAAAAGGUGGAAAUGAUUGCCUGUGUUCACCUACUGUGAAGAUUUGGAAUCAGACAACUACAGCUUUGAUUCUCCAAGUGUUUCAGGAUGUAAAUGUAGUCUGACCUUUUCCUGAUGGACAGUUAAAUCAUGGACACACUAAACAAUUUACUUUGGACCGUCCUUCCAAAAGAUGCUUUGGCUUCUCUCUUGAAUGCUCACUAAGCAUUUGUAGCUGACAAGGAAAGGAAAGAAAACUGUAAACUGGAAAGUUAUCUUACAAUGAAAAUUACGAGCACAACUUGCAUCUGCCCAGUCCUAGUGUGUCUCUGUUUUGUGCAGAGGUGUUAUGGAACUGCUCACCACGGCUCCAUCAAGGUGACCAGAAACCAAACCAAACACGUCGAAGGUGAAACCGAAGUACACCAUCGUCCCAAAAGGGGAUGGGUUUGGAAUCAGUUCUUUGUUUUAGAAGAACAUAUGGGACCAGAUCCACAGUAUGUUGGAAAGCUGCACUCCAAUUCUGACAAAGGUGAUGGGUCUGUCAAGUACAUCCUUACUGGAGAAGGUGCUGGGACUAUAUUUAUCAUUGACGAUACCACGGGUGACAUCCACUCAACGAAAAGUCUAGACAGAGAGCAGAAGACCCACUAUGUGCUUCACGCCCAGGCUAUUGACAGACGAACAAACAAGCCUCUUGAGCCUGAAUCCGAGUUUAUCAUCAAAGUGCAGGACAUCAAUGACAACGCUCCAAAGUUCACAGAUGGGCCGUACAUCGUCACUGUGCCAGAAAUGUCAGAUAUGGGUACCUCUGUUCUACAGGUGACAGCAACUGAUGCAGAUGACCCUACCUAUGGAAACAGUGCUCGCGUGGUUUACAGUAUUCUCCAGGGACAACCCUACUUCUCUGUAGACCCAAAAACAGGAGUUAUUAGAACUGCCUUACAUAAUAUGGACAGAGAAGCCAGAGAACAUUACUCAGUGGUCAUUCAAGCCAAAGACAUGGCUGGGCAAGUUGGAGGACUUUCAGGAUCCACGACGGUCAACAUCACGCUGACUGAUGUCAAUGACAACCCCCCGCGGUUUCCUCAGAAGCACUAUCAGCUAUAUGUUCCUGAAUCAGCCCAAGUUGGUUCAGCUGUUGGGAAAAUCAAGGCAAAUGAUGCAGACACGGGUCCAAAUGCUGACAUGACAUACUCCAUCGUUAAUGGUGAUGGUAUUGGGAUAUUCUCCAUCUCUACUGACAAAGAGACCAGAGAAGGGAUCCUUUCCUUAAAGAAGCCACUGAACUAUGAGAAAAAGAAGUCAUAUACCCUCAACAUAGAAGGCGCAAAUACACAUCUUGAUUUUCGCUUUUCUCACUUGGGUCCUUUUAAAGAUGCCACCAUGCUGAAGAUCAUUGUUGGGGAUGUAGAUGAACCACCACUGUUUACCAUGCCUUCUUAUGUUAUGGAAAUCCAUGAAAAUGCCAAGAUUGGGACUGUCGUUGGCACAGUUUUGGCACAAGACCCCGACAGUGCUAAUGGCUUAGUAAGAUACUUCAUAGACUACAAUGCUGAGGAUGACAGAUUUUUCAACAUUGAUGCAAAUACUGGAACCAUUAAGACUACAAAGGUUCUCGAUAGAGAAGAAACUCCAUGGUACAACAUCACAGUUGCUGCUUCAGAAAAUGACAAUCCUGGUUUGCUGAGCCAUGUCACAGUGGGUAUUAGAGUUCUGGAUGUCAAUGACAAUCCACCCGAACUUGCCAGGGAAUAUGAUAUUGUUGUCUGUGAAAAUUCUAAGCCUGGCCAGGUUAUUCAUACCAUCAGUGCCACUGAUAAAGAUGACUUUGCCAAUGGACCAAGGUUUAACUUCUUUCUUGAUGAACACCUGUCUAUAAACCCAAACUUCACUCUAAAGGACAAUGAAGAUAACACAGCGAGCAUUCUGACAAGGCGGAGGAGAUUUAGUCGAACUAUGCAGGAUGUGUAUUAUCUGCCCAUUAUGAUCUCUGACGGUGGAAUCCCCUCUCUCAGCAGCAGCGGGACCCUGACGGUCAGGGUUUGUGCCUGUGAGAGAGACGGGCGCGUGCGGACCUGCCAAUCAGAAGCGUUCCUGUCGUCCGCUGGUUUGAGCACAGGAGCCUUAAUCGCUAUUCUCCUGUGUGUAGUCAUUCUCCUGGCGAUCGUAGUACUUUUUAUCACAUUGAGACGCAGCAAAAAAGAGCCCCUGAUUAUUUCAGAGGAAGACGUGCGGGAGAACGUGGUCACCUAUGAUGACGAGGGGGGCGGCGAGGAAGACACUGAGGCCUUUGACAUCACAGCCUUGAGGAAUCCGUCUGCUGCUGAGGAGUUCAAGUAUCGGAGAGAUAUCAGGCCCGAACUGAAGCUCACCCCCAGACACCAGACAUUGUCCACUCUGGAGAGUAUAGAUGUUCAGGAAUUUAUUAAGCAAAAACUGGCGGAAGCCGACCUGGACCCCAGUGUCCCCCCUUAUGACUCCCUUCAGACUUAUGCCUAUGAAGGUCAGAGGUCAGAAGCUGGGUCCAUCAGCUCGCUGGAUUCAGCCACGACACAAUCAGACCAGGAUUAUCACUACCUUGGAGACUGGGGGCCUGAGUUUAAAAAGUUAGCUGAACUCUAUGGAGAAAUAGAAUCUGAAAGAACAACUUAGGGGGGCAAUCCGUGCAACAUUCUAGAAUUUGCUUCCUGAGUACGUGGAGAUAAAACCUCAGCAAUGGCAAAGAAGAAAUGUGGAAACAGUACUUGAAACAGUGUAAGCUGUACACAGCUUCUGUAGAAACAAGUGCCCUUUUCAUGAUGAAAACUGGGUUAUUUAAUCAUCACAGAGUCAAAUUUAAAAAAAAUACAGAGAAAAAGCUAUUGUUCCUUGUGUAUAUUUUCAAAUGCUCAAUAAAGUCUGUGGUCCUGUUUAAUUAAGAAUACCUGAAUUAAGCCAAAUGAUGAUAUUUGUUUCCAUAUUUUGUGAUUUCUUUCAAGAGCAAAACUAAAUAGAAAGGUUCAAAAUCACUUAUAACUGAUUCUUGGGGUGGCACACCACAAAAUGAAAUUUGUGAAGGUAACCACCAACUCUUUUUCCACUUUUCUGAGUGAACUCUUGAGACCCACACCCUGUUGUUAUUGAGACAGAUCUUAUUCGCUUUGUCUUGUAUUCACAUGACAUGAGGUAUACCCAGGAUACCAUGCCACGCCAUCAUGGACUUGUAUGUACCAUUUUCCUUUGCCCUCCCCACUUCUUUUCUCCAUACGAAGUUAAUGGAGCAUGGGGAUUUGCUGCUUGCACUAUAAUGUAUGCAACUUCUGUGCACCAGAUGUGCACUGCUCUCAGAGACAACCGUCUCUGUCCUGCCUGCCUCCCUUUUUUUGAACAGAAAAAGACUCCCACCUUCUUUUUUUGAAUGGUUUAAGACAUAUUUAGAUAAUCUGAUAUGUCAGGGAAUGUUCUAAUUAAAAAAAUAGCUUCAAACCUUAUCCCGUACAAAACACUGGGGGAUUCUAUUCCUGUUUCCAUUUGGUUUUGCACAGGGAAAUCAGCAGAGUUGAUCAUUCCUAUACCUAGAAUUAGUUUUCAAAGUUUUGCUGAUCACUUUAUACUUCACUUAUUUGUAACAUGAGCAGCCAUCAAAAAUAAGUACCUCAUAUAACAACAUAGUGUGAAAAGAUUAUCCUCCAGUUUACAUCCGCUUCAUAGGCUAAUGAUUGACUUAUACCUUUAUUCCGUACAUAGCUUCAGACUUUUCCCUGCCUCUUUGACUGAUUAACCUUUAUGUAUCUGGGAUCUACAGGCAAAUGUGUUGGAGUAGGAGCAAAUAAAACAUAGGACAUUCACACUUAUCCUUGGGUAUGUCCCCCAAAGGCUCUUGAGCUUUAAAGUCACAAACUGCAAAACAGAAAUGUCGGAGACUUCCUUGCUUGCCUAUGGGGGAGGACAAAUGAACAUCUGUAAAAAUGCUUUGCCAACUGCAAAGUGUUGUGGCUUGCAGAUGCUAAUUUUCUAAUUCCUUUAGCCUAUAAGUGUAUAGUUACACACAUGUUCAAUAAAAUAGUAUGUCAUCAUAGAAUUUCACAAAACCUUCAACAGUGAAGCAAUUGUUAACUAACCAUAUAAUAUACAAAUUUAAUUUUUUGAUAUUUUCCCAAAUAAGCUAAUUUUCUUAAAAUUUCUUGGGGUUUUUCUCCCCACAUUCUUUAGAUAUUCUGCUGUUCUUGCUAUUGGUCUUGACGUAGAGCUCAGAGCAUAAUGGCCCUAGUCUCGAAAGCUGACCACACUUAUGUAUUUCAGACGAAUUGGAAUUUGGAAUUUUGAAACCCACAAAUCAAGAAUUAUUUCAAGGGGGGACUUUUUCUUUUGCUCUUUAAAUUUAUUAUAAUCUAGUGUCCUGAAAAGUCAUAUGACAUUUUCUGUCUGAUUCUACCUAUGUGCAAAAUUUGGAAUUUUGCCUCUGUUUGCAACUGCCCUGUGCUAUCAUAUUUCAGUGUUGAAUAUGGGAAGUAACUAAGUUUAAUUUGAAUAAUUCUCAAUUUGUGUUUCAAGCCUGAGGAAUAAAAUGUAAUUUAAGUUUCUUACAACAUUUUAGCUUUCCAGAUGCUGCUUUAUCAUUUUUUUUCAUCUCUUAACGGUGUAUAUGCUGGUAUAAAGCUAAAUCAAAAGUGACACUCAGGGGCUUUGGGGAAUAACUUCUGGAAAUACAUACUCUGAUUAUGCUGAUACUGUGCUACAUUCACCCUGAAUGAACCAUUUUGGAGUUCUUUGGAGAACUACAGUGGAUCUUGGUGUUUUGACUUUCCUAUACAAAGAAGACUAGGAA